CACGAUUGUACGCAGUAUGUACUUUCUGUUUGUGUCGUAAAAUAUGUGGACAUACUCGUCAUUGGUGAGGUCCAAUGUACCUUUCACUUGACGUUCUAUGUCAGACAUGGAUUACCCCUAAUGUUUGGAUUAUUGUAGUACGACAGUAGUCAUGACAACCCAGGUGUCUAAGUGGGUGUGCUACACUUUAUUUAGGGUACUUCUGCCCAUCAUUCUACUUGCAGUCUGUGCGGUGAGGUACAAUGCACUUUCCUUUAUAUAUCUGGUGUUUUUACUGGCCUGGCCGCUUUUACCAACACCAAACAGAAUCAACAUCAAAGGUAUCAAUGGAGCCUACCUGAGCUGUAUAAUUGCUGUGAGUGCUUUAGGCACACUUGCUCAUAUAGUCUUCCAUAUAGCUAUGGCGGAUAGCAGUGCACCAUACGGAUCUGUCUUACAAAAUUGCUCAACUGCUGAAAAAGUAGCCAGACAAAUAGCUGUGGAAAGACUUGAUGGUGUGCCAUUCUUAGAUAUACUUCGCCUUGUCUUCCUCGAUGUGUUUGUUCUAAUUGUAUCUGUCUUGGUGUUUGUUGUGUGUUACAAGCUUUUGGCUCUACAGCCAACAGCAAAUGAACAAGAAGAGACAUCAUCCACAGCUAUGGGCACCAAGACAAAAAGGCCAGCUGUCACCACUGUAUCAAUUCUUGAAGACUUGAUCAUUACAAUUUUAUUAGCAACAAGUGGUCUCAUAGUCCUAUCGGCCAUUGGUGCAUUUUAUGUUCUAUCAGCUUUGUAUAUCAUCAUCAGGAAGGUAUUUUAUAAAAGCCUUGGUUCUAAGUUCAGUUACUUUAAGAUAGUGAUAGUGAUAUGGAGUGGAUUACACUUGCUCCUACUACAUCUGUACCAGUUCCAGUUCUUCCAGGAAGCAGUUUCGCCCGAACUUCUUAUAUCAAGAAUCUUGGGUCUGACAGGUGUGAUCCAAACCAACUGUUCCCAGCCCUGGACAAUAGAAUACAAUGACUCAUACAACUGGCCUCACUUUGUCAAUCCCGCCAUCAUCCUAGUACUUUAUGUCACUGUAGCCACCAGUACCAGACAGUGGAUCAAGAGAAAGGAUACUGAUAGGGAAGAUCAAUAUGAGAAAUCUUGGAUUCUCUAUCACAUCCUGAACAGAUUAAUAGGGAGUCCGAACGAGGUAGAUUUUGAUCGCAAGCAGAUGGUUCUAUAUGAGGAUAUUUGUAGUGGGGAAAAUUCACCAACUCGAUUCUUUCAAACAGGAAGUUCGGCUGAGGGAGGGAGCCUUAUGUCUGGUUCGGACACCGACGGGAUGCAUAUUGUUAAUGAUGUCAUUGUUUUAUUAAGAGAUCAGGAUAUAAGUAAUCCAUUCCUCGAUAAAAAUAAAACAGUUUUAGUGAUGGGAGAUGCAGACAGCAGACCUGGAUAUGUGACCUUGACAUUAGCUCACCUUGGACAAAAAGUUUCAAAGUUUGUCAUUGAUGCCAUUGUUUCAGUUGGGAGAGUACAUUUUGUAUCAAGUGAACUUUUUAAUGAAUCCUACAAUGAAAUAUUAAGUCGUAAAUUACAAUUACCAUUCAACACUAAUGGUCCAGCGGUAACAAUAAACAUUGACCACCAUAACAAGGUUAUUGAUGCAGAUGUUGUGCUUUCCUUUCAAUGUUAUAAUUGGCCUAAAGAAGCAGAUGAGUGGGUGAGUAGGCCUCGAUUGCACAGAUGGCCUGAUAAAACUUUGAGGGACCAGAUAGUACGAGGCGGCUGCCAACUUGUCCCUGUAGGAGAUAAAACAUCUGAUGACCCAUUCCUACAAUGGAGGAUUUCAUUUGUUACUGCGGAGAGGAAAUUAAUUUACUCCUUCAGUCAUGUUCAAUUCCUGGUGUACGGACUUCUCAAGUACUUUUUCAAACAGGUAUCUGGAAAGUUGAAUCAGGUACAAGGGGAUACAGUCAUCAUAUCAUCCUACAUAAUUAAAACUGUUAUGUUUCAUGCAGUAGAAAGCACAGACAUUUCAUUUUGGCAGGAGAAACAUACAUUCCUCUGUUUCAUGUUUUGUAUAAACAUAUUGAUAUUCUGGGUGAGGGCUGGAUACUGUCCUAAUUAUUUUAUUAACAGAAACAACAUGUUUCUUGGUAAAGUUUAUGGUGAAAAUCAACAAAAACUAAUUUGUUUUUUAGUUGAUCAUCGCGACAUGACAUGGAGAUGUCUUUCAAUAGGUACAUUGAUGCAACCAACUAUUGGAGAGAUUAUUGAUCACGUAGAGAAUGGAAUAAAAGAAAUUAUACAACCACCUCCAACAAUGACAGAACGGAAGCGUGAUAUAGCUAUAUUUCGCCGCACAUUGUAUCCUCUGGAAGCUACAGUGGUUCUUCCAGCUUUAUCUCCACUCUUGUCUCCAUCAGAGUCAGAUGACGAUGAAUUCGUUGAUGGUGUCAAUGGAGCUCAAGUGAUGUGUAAUAUAGGAAUGAAGACAUUUGGGGAACACGUAGCUGUCAGUGGAAACAAACAGAAAUACAAAUCUCUCAGGAAAUCCAAGAAUCUUCUUAAACCACUGGCUUCAAUAUGUGCAAGUCCAGGGCUACUGACACUGGCAACAUAUCACUACCUGACUGGAAAUUACGUAAAAACGCAGAAAAUAUGUGAACAGUUAAGUUCAUCUGAUAAAAUUUUUAUUUGUUCUGAUGUCAACAGAGAGGACAACAAAAAGUAUGAAGAUCUCUACUGUGGUCGUGGGUACACUCUACUGCAGAAAUGCCGCGAUGGAUGUGUAUCAUAUAUCCAGUUUAGUCCUGAGUUUUGUCUGGUGCCAUUAUACCAGGAAUCCAUUAAAAAUGGAAAUCAACAUAUGAUCCCCCCGCUUCCUUAUGCCGUGUUCCUGUCGUUUCUGUGUUAUCACGAACUCGGAGACAUGGAGAAAUGUGAUGCAGCAUUGAUGAACCUUCGUGCCGUGAAGAACGACGAGGCCCAGGGAGGCGGUAAACACUGGAUAGUCUACAGCUUGUUAGGGAUCUGUUAUGAAAUGAUUGGGGAUAUACCCCGGGCUAUCGGGGAAUACAGAGAUUCUCUUGAUAUUCAAUCGUUAACCCAAUACCAAAACCCAGCCAAAGAAAGGAUACAACGCUUACAACAGUUUUAGAUAUAAUAUCAAAACACAGCCAAAGAGAUGAUACCACGUUUACAACAGUUAUAAAAAUAAUAUCAUAACCUGGCCAAAGGGAGGAUAGAAUCUUUACCACAACUACAGAUAUAAUAUCAAAACACAGCCAAAGAGAUGAUACCACGUUUACAACAGUUAUAAAAAUAAUAUCAUAACCUAGCCAAAGGGAGGAUAGAAUCUUUUGGACCGCCAAAAUAAUGGGUUCUUCUUCUCAAGACCCAUAUAUGUUUCUAGGCCACUAGGCCUCGUGUUCAACGUAUUGCAAGAUUUGUCUGUUUUGGGAUACAUGUUAAAAGUUCCUUGCUUUUGUUUAACUGACAGUUCAACAACUGAAUAACCAAAACUAAUUACUCGAACAAUGAAAUAGCUUAUAUCAUUUCCAAAAACCUUUACUACAUUAGAAUCUCUCAGAAACAUGGCUUUUAUUUCCCCCUCAUUUCAUGUUUAUUUGACUGGUUGCCGUUUAAGUUAUAUUAAUGAUAUAGAUCAAGUGGUAUAUUAGUAUCUUUGUAGGAAUUUUUCACAGAAGAAAAGUUUGUUUCAUUUAUAAUUCUGUCUGCCCAAAAAACCUGUUAGUCUUUUUCAAUCGUUGUUUAAAUUUUGCUGAUGAAAUCCAUCUUGUAAUCGUAAGUCAGACACAGGAGUUAUAAGCUGUCAUUUGGAUCUGGUGGUGUAACAUUGCUUUCAGCCCGAAGUUCAAAGUAUGUGGACAUAUGAAAUUGCAGAUUAUUUCCCCUGAUGAUCCGUGAUCAUCGAAUGACGGCAAUCCACACGAGUAUGUGCAGACAGGUAUUCCAUUCGUAAAAAGGAGUUAGAUCCGCCAGAAGGUGGGAUGUUGUCAUUGAAUCCACCAAUCAUUCUAAAGUGGGCGGAGCGGUACUUUUUGUUAUCAUGAAAUGAAAAGAAAAAUCGACCAAUCAGAAACCUGCAUUUUGUGUAGAAACAACGAAAACCUUAUUACUCUUGUCUGUGAAAAAUGUCCCCAACUAAACAAACACUAAGAAAAAAAUACUAACAAUUUAACAUAAUGCUAAUGUUCGCCAUUCUUAUAGAGUACAGAUCAUCGUUCUUCUGGAGUACACAUUCAUCAUUCUAAUGGAGUACAUGUGCAAUCUAAUGGAAUACAAAUGUAGUCAAAUGGAGUAGAAAUGCAUUCUACUGGGGUACAUCAUUCAUCAUUGUAAUCGAGUACAUAUUUCAUUACAAUAGAGUACAUACUCAUCAUUCAGAAGUCAAUUUCUUGGCUACUAUCGUUGCCUUUUUGCCAAGAUGAUUACGUUCUAUAAGACAUUUCAAUAAUCUGGUUGAUCAUUAAAAUACAUUUCAAAUAUAGGAAAACAGGGUUUUGAUUGGUUGAAUUUCUGCGGAAGUAUAUUAGGAUCAAUGAAUAGCGCUAAUUUAGAUUAAGAUACUGUUCAACCAAACUAUGAAUUAAACUGAAUUAUACAGCUGCUUCGUCCUUCUUAGUCUCGGCAUUGAUGCCUUAUUUUUUAAAGCAUAAGAGGCGACGAAGGAAAAUCAUCCAGUGUGAUCAAAAAA